CAGAAAAUCACUCAAUUACAAAAUCUUAUUUGAUAAGGCUAUAUGGUUAUUGGAUUUCAGAUGUGUGAAAAGUCAGUCGCUUGAAUUGGGAAUGAAUGUUUCAGACAUUUUGAUUUAGGUAUCUGUUUCGAAGAAGAGGGACUACUUUGUUGCAAUUAGAAGAAGGAUCGUAUCAUUGCUCGUCUCCAACAACCAUAUUCACUCGAUUGUAUUCCAGUGGAAGCAGAGUAUCAGAAACAAUUCUCUGAAUUACUGAUGAAGGCUGCUAGUGAUUAUGGAGCAUUAACAGCUUCAGUUGCCGAUUUCCAGUGGAGCCAGACAUUUAAGGAGCCUCCUUCAGUAUGGGGGGAAAUGCUUCGUCCAAUUCCUGUUGCCUUAGCGUCAUGCACCAGGUUUUUCAAAGCAAUGUCUGCUAUGAGGGAAUCGUUUGCAACACUUCAACAUCUUAGAGUAGCCAAGGAUUCCAGAAGAGUACCAGGGGCUCUAUCAAGGAUUACCACGAUUUUAAAAGAUGUCAUUCAGAACAAGGAUCGUAUCAUUGCUUGUCUCCAACAGCCAUAUUCACUCGAUUGCAUUCCAGUGGAAGCAGAGUAUCAGAAACAAUUCUCGGAAUUACUGAUGAAGGCUGCUAGUGAUUAUGGAGCAUUAACAGCAUCAGUUGCCGAUUUCCAGUGGAGCUAGACAUUUAAGGAGCCUCCUUCAGUAUGGGGGGAAAUGCUUCGUCCAAUUCCUGUUGCCUUAGCAUCAUGCACCCGGUUUUUUGAAGCAAUAUCUGCUAUGAGGGAAUCGUUUGCAACACUUCAACAUCUCAGAGUAGGUCAUUCUGAUACCGCUUCACCUAUCACACCAGCCAAGGAAUCCAGAAGAGUACCAGGGGUUUCCGAUUGUGUAACUCCGCCUCCCUGGAAAACUGAACCAAGCUUUGAUGACUUAGCUAUCAAAAGCUCAAGAAGGCCGGAUAUCAAGCAUUAAGAAGCAGAGGAUGAAAGUGAGCUGGACGGCUCUUGCCAUAGGAGAUUGUCAUGGCCUCCUUCGGUUAAAAAGGCUGCUACUUAAAAGCUGACUUUUAAUAUAACGCAGCCGCCUCUGCAUACACUUUCUAUGUCGAUCAUGCACCUUAACAGUUGUUUGUGCAGUAAUACAUUUGAUUCUAUAUUCUGAAAUUGAAAAACAUUAGUUUGUGCAGCAGUAAUACAUUUGAU